AUGAUAUAUGACACGAAUUCAAAAAAAGUAGAGGUAAUUGAAACGGAUAUUGACCAAUGGUGCUUCAACGUUUCAGAAACUACAUUGAAAUCGAAAUACGAUCAACCUGGCAAAUAUUUCAAAGAAAAAUCGACAAUACCAUCACAGCAGGUGAUCUUCUGCUCCGAAUUUAGGAUCAAUGAUGAUCGUUAUAAGUUUGAGGACCAGUUAGGUGUCCGUGACGUGCAACUCAGUAGUUUCGCACCCCUAGAAACGCUUCACGACGAGUUUGGCGCGUCUCUGAUUGCAGAAGAUCCCGAGACCCUUGAUGAUUCAGAUCUAGAACUACUCGCCGGCGAUUUGUAUCCAGAUAAAGUGUCUGGUUCGGGAGAGAAGAAGACUGUUCGUAACGUCUUACUUGCCGUGAGCCAUAACAUGCUUAAGAUUACGUCUUGCAAUGAGAUCUUUCAAUUCCCUUUCAGCAUUGUGGACUGUACUGUAAAAAGGUGGCCACAAGAGGAUGCGGACGACAUCCUUGUAUUGUUGUCGGACGAAGGAAUUCUUUAUGCGUUGGCUUUCGAUCGUCAAUACCAUCCGAUAGUUUUGCAGUGGUGGAGGUUUCCAAUUGUGGAUGGCGUCCCCCAAAAAAUUUUUGCUCAAAAGUCUUCAGAUCAGUUUACUGUCGCUUCGGACAAAACUCUCAAGUUUUUAAUGUUUACAGACAUGUUCCACUUCAGGCUAAUUAGCAACUUGAAUUUUGGAGAUGGCAUGAUAACGGAUGCUUCUUUUCUGGACAACGGGAAUCGGAAUGAACACUUCAUGCUCUUAGUGGCUCUUGAGAUUCUCGAUAAAGUGAGCUUGUGUUUGGUUCAAUGGGGAGGGUCGAGUGACGAGAGAAAAGAAGUUCAUCCACUUACUUUGCUAAACAGCGAGUCGGUUACUAGCAUCGUGCCACUUGACGACUCUCGGUGUUUAGCGUUUACGGACAAUCAUGUUAAGCUUGUAACUGCAAAUCAGAUCUUAUCAGGCGAACACGCCUUUGAGACUAUCGACAGAAGCUUGUUCGGAGAGCGUAUCACAAAGUGCUUUGAGUGUCUGGAGCUUCUUUCUCGACUUCAAAAUCUUGGGUCUGAACUAACUACUUAUGUGCACUGUACCGUAUUUGCCACAUCCAAUGGCGCCCUGUGCUGCUGUCUCUGCACGGAAGAGGGAGCCAACAGAUUCUUAGCGUUGACAAGAUUCAAAGGUCUUUUCGAGGCUUUUCCAGUCAAUAACAACGCCACAGCUUCUGAUAGUUAUUCCGUAGUAAUUUCUAGUCACGGAAGCCUUAUUCAGAUUUGCUUAGAUCUGAACGGAGUUCAUGAUUUAAGCAAAGAUAAUCAAAUACAACCUCUGGAAAAUAUUAUUAACAAACGAAUACUUUUUUCUGGCCAUAACCGAGGUGAAUCAGUAUGUUAUGUGGCACCAUCGUCCGCACGGCCGCGGGCCGAAGAUCGAUUAUGUGUCUUUUCCAGAGCGACCAUCUCGGUAGUCUCCCACGAGAAGCUCAUCCAAAGUGUUUCCGUUGUGUUUUCGUCAAGGUCUUUCAAAUUUACUUCACGACUGCAAGUUCUGGACUGUGCCAUUCUCCCCAACAAGUGGAAGAACCAGUUUUUGGAUGCACCUAAGAUUCAGUCUCCAACAUUUCUACUUCUGGACACAAAUGCUGAGAAUGAUUCUCGUUUAUUACUGGUUGAGCUUUCGCAGAACUUUGCAACCUCCUCAGUUUUGGAGCUCGACGAUGUUUUGAGUAGUGAUCUAGGUAAAGUAGUCGCUGUUCACACCACUGAAGAAAACUUUGUCCAGGUUACCACCCAAGCAGUUAUAGUUGAUCCUUUUGAUGAACGCCAGCCUUUUGUUUAUCGGACAAACUUGGAAGGAACUGAGUGUGCAUUCCAUGGAAAGCAAUUAGUUCUUUGGAAUGCAGCCAUUGGCCGAUUCCUGUUCGUUAACGAUCUGGAUAACAUCACAGAGAAGAGUUUCGUUGAGUUUAAACUCCCUACAGAGGAAGAGCGGUCAAUUAUAACGGGGGUGAUAUUUCACAACAAUGAAUCAGGCGAGAAUAUAGUAAUUGUUAUAAGCAAUUCAAAGGCCUGGUAUGUCCGAUGCAGCGACAUUGUGCUUCCGAUCAAAGAAUUUACGGAACUAUCAAAUCUCCACGUACAUUAUGGGAACUCAUCUGCGAGCAUGUGUCUUUUUAGUGAUAUGGGUGGUAAUCUCUUUAAGCUGGAAAGUGGCCCCAGUAAUCCAGCUGGAAUGCGUCUCAGUAAACUAGACAUCGAGCUCGCAUGUGGGCACCCGUGGAACAUUCGUCACAUCAGAAAUCAAGAAUGGAUCCUUUUUAGCCCAAGGGCCAUGUUUUUGCUAGAUGUUACGGCCAUGAAGACUUUUGAAAUUUUCCAUAGCGGAAGUCGAAAACAUGCGACCAUCAUUGAUCUGAAAGUUUCCGGGGGUCUUUAUUUUGUGCUCUUUUCAGACGCACUAGAAAUACAACUCCCUUCGUCUUCAAAUUACAGUCCAUCUACUUCUUUGCUGAAGUCAGCAAGGACUGUCGACAAACAAUAUUUGCAUCUACAGCGAAUCAAUAGGAUGCUAAUAGUGAACAAGCCCAAAAAGACGCUCGAAUGUCUCAAGCUCGAGAACGGUCGGCUUAUGACCUUGGAUUCACGGUGUUUUAAAGAGUUUCGAUCCCUUUUGCACGUUGUGGAGCUUUCAAAAGAAACUGGGGCCAUUACUUUAAUUGCUGCAGGAAGUCUCAACAGGAAACACUGGUCAUUAAAGUUAAUCCAGAUAUUGCCCUUUCCAGGAAGACUAGUGGUUCGCGAAUUGGCAUCAUUUGCGAUGCCGAGUGAACCUCCAAGCAAGGUCAAGAUUGUGUCACGGAAGCCUGAUUCAUUUGUGAUGGCUUUCGAAGAGGAACUGCACUAUUUUAGGGUCGACUCGAAGGAAAUACACCCGGUUCGCAGCAUUCAGUCCUUGGCAGCCACUGUCCUAUCGCUAGAUGCGAGUGACGAUAUGACAGUUGUGCUCACUCAAGAUGGUCUAUUGCACUGCGAAUGUCGUGAGAUCACCGGGGGCUGGAGGGCACUCGAGAUUUUUGACACUUCAGCGCACGGAAAGUCUCUCAGUGUGCUUAUUAUAAGCCACGAAUGCAUCGCCGUCGUGGGUGAACUGCUGGGUCGCCCGGAAGCUCCGGGUUAUAUAUACUUCCUCUCACCUGCGAAUGGCAAACUAGUUCACUACAACGAUGUUUUGUUUGCAGACCGAGUACUGGACAUCAGUUAUUCUUGGGGAAAUAGAGAACUAUGCGUGCUGCUGGGGGAAGGAACUAUUGUGACACUUGAAAAUUGGCAAAACUUUCACAGCAUUUCAAAUAUCGUGGGCAAGAGGGAGCGGAUCGACUCACAAAGUGAUUCUACAACCCAGAUUGGCUGCUGGGGAGUUGACCGAGGAAAGCUAAUUCCUCUGUGGUAG